AAGUGCUGUCUCGAAAAGUUCCUGGGAGCUUCCUGUCAGCCAUCCACUUGUUGAAAAAUAGGUUGCGGAUACACAACGAAACUCGCCUAACCUGAGACCCGAUGUAACUAAAAAUAUAGAAAACGAAAACAAAAGAUCUUGCCAUGGUUGGUUUGAGAGGUAUGGGCGUUUUAGGCGCGUCAGUGGUUAUCGCCGGGGGUGUGGCAUAUCUUGUUUGGAAUUACCACUCGAAACGGAAGACGCCUGAGCCACCUGCCAAAGAAGCAGAAAAAACAACAGAAGAAUCCAGCAACUCAAUCAAUCAAGGCGGAGAUGGAGACGAGGGUGUUAAAGUCGAGGUGAUUCAGUCUGUUUCUGCUCCUGUUGUGGCCACAGAGUUAAGGGUACAGUCUACAGCUGUGUCUGAGACUGUCAAGCCUCGUGGGACACAAGUGCUGGUGCUAGGAUUGGAUGGAGCGGGCAAGACAAGCCUUUUACACUCUUUCACAAACAGCUGGUCAGGAGAGGAGCCACAGCCUACACAAGGACUCAACGCUGUAUCUAUCAGCAGAGAGGACCUGUCCAUUGAAUUUCUUGAAAUUGGUGGGAGUGUGGAGCUAAGGCAGUACUGGCUAAAGUACAUGCCCAAGGCCCUGAUGCUGGUGUAUGUGGUGGAUGCCUCAAAUCCACAGCUCUUCCCAUUGGCUAAAUCACAUCUUCAUGAAAUUCUAGUGACAGAGCCUCAUCUACCCUUGAUGGUGCUGGCCAACAAACAGGACUGUGCUGGUGCAUGUACCAUCACUGACCUCCAUGAAGCCCUGUCCCUGUCUGAGCUGGGAGAUCGGAAGUUGUUUGUGAUUGGCACCUAUGUUACAAAAGACAUGGAGGAGCCCAGUUCAGCAGUGGAGGAUGCGUUGGAGAUCAUUGUUGAAACAAUCCAGACACCGAGAUAAAAUGCACUGGCUUUUGGGACAUGUGUUUGUGGUUUGAUGGUUUGCACUUUCCCAGCUAGUUUGAGUUUACUAGAUUUUGAUUAUUUCCUGCAAAAAUUAUGUUAUUUAACUUCACUUAAAAAACAAAACAAAACAAAACAAAAAAAAAACUCAAACUGAAGAGAGCUAUGUAGUCACAUUUUGUGCAGUUAUCUUUUUGCACUCAAUACCCACAAAGAUUUAUUUGGAGGCACAUCAUUAUUUGGGGGCACAUCAGCCAAAACGAAAUACCAACCUUUGCUGGUGAGUUAAGGCCGAUAGCUAAUAUGCUAAAAAGUACAAACAUUGGCCCCAUGUAUCUCUUAUUUGUUUGCUUCUGUUUCUCAAUGUCUUUGUUGCUUCUAAUGUAGCUUUGGAAAGGACAUUAACAGGCUUCCACUGAUGUUUUGUGCGAAAACAGAUUGUAUUUCCACCAAAGAUGACAUAUCUUUUUAAGCUGACCACCCAAAUUCAGUGACCAUCUUAAGUAUACAAGCUGAAUACAGCUUGUAUACUUAAGCAUUUAUGGCUGUACAGGAUAUAGAUUCCAACUACUUGUUGGUUAUUUGCGUAAAUAAUGCCAGAUGUACUGAUCAUUUCUACAUGUAUUGCAUAACUAUAAUUAAUUUCCAAUUUAUUACUCUCCCAGGAAACUACAAGACAGUAUGUUUUUCUAGUGAAGAUUUUUUGAAUAAACACUGAGUAUUUGUGUUGUUGUACUAAA